ACCGGAUACCAUCUCAAAAGGUCACAGGGCAGGGCGUCAGGAAGACAACAUUUUAUUCCCUGUUUGACCAUUUGGACGACAUGGCAGACGAAGAAGAGUUCCCACAAGUCAUUCCUCUCAACGUCGGCGGCCACACCUUCACCACGACCUUGAUGACCUUGCGUCGCCACGAGGACUCCAUGCUGGCGGCCAUGUUCUCCGGGCGCCACCGGGCUACCCAGGAUGCCGAGGGGCGCUACUUCAUCGACCGGGAAGGAACGUACUUCAUCCACAUCUUAAACUUCCUUCGUAGCGAGACAUUACCACCUUACGAGAUAUCCACUCAGGUGUACAAGGAAGCUCUGUUCUAUGGCAUCCUUCCCCUCAUGGAGCAGCUUGGCGAGCACAUACGGCACGAGUUCCUCUCGCAGAUCCCCAGCUACAACGAAAGCCUGGAGCGAAUGAUUGAGCACGCCAGGAAAGAAGCCAUGGCGGAGUACGGGCGUUACUCCAAAGUUCCUGUCUGCAUCUUUAAACGGGCCUUUGAGCAGGUUAAAGCAAGACAAGAAGAUCCUGACUUAGACCCGACCAUCGCGGAAGACUAUGUAGAAGAGCACGAGUGUAAGGAACAAGAAGGGAUCGCGAGUUUUGGACCGUGGGAAGGGAUACCCACAGAAGGCGACCUUAUAGAGUGUAUAAUACUGGACCUAGCAGAUAAAGGGUACAAGUGUAUUAAUGAAUACGAGGCAGGGGGCGCGCCUACAUGUAAAAAGUUCUGGGUGGUCGAAAAACCGGAGUUCUUUUGCGGACGCGUCGGCGACGAGGAAAAGCAAGAUCGUCUGCAAGAAGAGAUUGUAUCAUUUCAGGUUCAAAUGGUGGUGACUGGAAGUGAUGAUAGAUUCCGGCCAACCCAAUUUUUAUUUCUUGGUUCACAGAGUUUUAAAAAGUAUUGCUAAGUUGAAAUUUCCUUUGAAAGCAGAGUCUGAGGGCUGUACCUUGGUACACACAGUAUCAGGGAGUGAAUGUACAUGUAGUAAGGUGCAAGUUUUCCUCCCAGCCUUCUGUUUUCAUUUUAACCAAGAGCUUAAUUUUUACUUGAAAAUGUCUUGGAACUGAGGACAGGAAUUAUUGUGGCCAUGGCCAUAGAAUGCAUAUACUGAUAUAUUGAUACUAUAUGAGUGUUGUUAUUUUCAUAUGAAGUGAUAUUUGCCUGUUGUGUUGUUGCUUAUGUAAAAUGAAUUUGUUUAGAUACAAUCUUGUUAUAGAAUAUAAGAGUUAGUGUAUGAUACUGAAUUGAGGAUACAACAAUGGUGGUAUAUAGUGUUGGUGCAACUGUUAGAGAGUUAGGCCCAGCACCCAGAGAUCCUGGGUUUGAAUCCUCUGACAUGCCACCUAUGUUAUGAAAGGCACCACCUUACAUUACUUUCCUCUCUCCGCCCUGGUGUACAAUGGAUAGAAACGUAAAAUGACUUUGUUUGGGAAGGUAAAUUCAUAAUAUUUAAAUGUUCUUCAUUCUUCAGUGACAUACAAAGUACAUAUGACCACCUGAUAUCCAAAUAUGGCUUGUGUUCUUUGAGGGCCUGUCGAGUCAUUAUCAAUAAAUCAAAAGUGUCCUCUGUA